AAGUCAGCUCAUUCCAGUCUAGUCACUUGUUUUGUAAACAGCUCGUACGCUUUCACCGGUACAUAAACCAAAAGUCCGAAAAAAUUCCGUGUUCAAAAUAAAACUAGAAAUCUUUUUCUCAAGCAAACCUCUCCGACUGAAACGAACUUUAACCCACUGAAGAUGUGUUGCCAAGGAGCCUGUGGAUCAGUGUCUUAUGCCCUGGCCUACGGACCGGUUGGACCCGCCUUGCCGGCCAUGAACUACAACAACUGCUGCUGCGGCCCCAAUCCGCCCUGUGGUCCCUGGACCUGUCCACCCAACAGGUGCUGUUGCGCCGGCGAGUGGGGCUGCUUCGGACCCUUCUAUUGAACAUCGAUCGACCUUAAAUGCGAUCACAGAGUCUGGAAUAAACUAACCUCGGAGGACGUGGAAUUUUUUUGUGCUUUUGGUUUGAACCUGGCUGCUGAUUUCUGUGCAACGGUUCAAGCUGUUCAAUAAAUUAAUGUGUUUAAGAAAA